AUGGCUGAGAAGAAAAAAGAUUUUGUUGAUGAAAUAAAUAAAGCGUUGGCAAAGUCUGAAGGGUUUACCCUGAAGGACCUGCUGUUCUCCUACCAGGGGACUCCUUAUCCCGUCACAGUGUGCAGUGCAGAAACGUUCCAAGCCUUGGAGAACUUAGAAGCCAGAAGAGAUGAUCUUGUGCUGGUGUCUUACCCUAAAUGUGGUGUGAACUGGCUUAUCCAGAUUUUAAGUGAUUUGAUAUUUACAACUACCCAGAGUAAACAUGUAAGUGCAGAACUACCAUUUAUUGAAUGUGGAGAUCCAGAUAAAUACCAGAGGAUGAAGCAGAUUCCGUCUCCCAGGAUUUUGGCAACACAUCUGAAUUAUGAUUGCCUCCCCAAGUCUAUUUUAAAGAACAAAGCUAAGAUACUAGUGUUGUUUCGAAACCCUAAAGAUGCAGCUGUUUCAUUUUUCCAUUUCCACAACAGUGCGCCGAGCGUCCCCAGUUACAGCUCCUGGGAUGAGUUCUUCUCAGAGUUCAUGAAUGGGAAAGUCAGCUGGGGAUCCUAUUUUGACCAUGCAGUCACCUGGAACAAACAUAUUGAGGAUGAAAAUAUUAUGGUCAUAAUAUAUGAAGACCUGAAAGAGAACCUGACUUGCAGUGUAAAGCAGAUAGCUGAAUUCUUUGGAUUCUCCUUAACGCCUGAGCAGAUUCGAUCUGUUGCGAACAGGGCCACUUUCCAGGCCGUGAAGGAUAAGGCUGAGGAGACACAUGGUGCUGUUGGCUCAAUUCUCUUCCGAAAAGGUGUUGUUGGAGACUGGAAGAAUCUUUUCACUGAAGCUCAGAACCAGGAAAUGGAUGACAAAUUCAAAGUGUGCUUAGGAGGAACUAAGCUGGGAGCUUAG